UUUUGCCGCAAGAACUUUCUCAGUAUCCAAACGUUAUUGAACAUCGAGGAUGUGAAAUUGCAGCUUCUAGUAUCGAUUGCCGAUGCCGGGCUCCUCAGUCUGGAUGCUACGCAGAAGGCUGCCCUGAAUAGAGCUCGUUCCAGUGGUAGACAGCGCCAGUUCUUUGUCAUUCCCGAGGCCUAUGACAUCAAUAGUAACAACGAUACGGUCGUGAAUGCGGUGGUCGCCUGGAAACCAGACCGUCUCUCUGCACCCGACCUCGGUCAACAAGCAGACAGACGGGUCGAUAAAAUGGCUGUCCUACUAUCACCUCAUGCAAGGCCGGAACCGGGCGUACAAUGCCCAUGAUACUAGUGCCGUUGAUGACUUUGCCAUCGCCCUGCUAUGCGGAGAUGCCGAAUUCAAGAUGUACCCCGGCGUGAUCACGAUCGAUGCCAAUCGGAUCCGCUUCUCGCUCCGUGAUUGGAAGGCGAUGCUUGCAGUGAAGAUCCUCAGUGCGCGUGUGCGCGACAUCCUCGCUGGGACGUUCCGAACCCCACACAAGGUCCUGACAUAUAAGCAGCAACAGUGGCUUGAGAUUUGGCAGCAAAUCUUCUCGCAGGCUGGUAAUGAAGCCAAAAGGCCAGGGAAGUAGUUUGACUACUUCAGGUAUGUACGGUAGUUCACGUUACGGUUUGGGUGGACACUGGAUAGGUAGAUAUCUUUGGGAACUGGGGAGAGGUUGGCGCGGCUUCUUCUUUUUUUUUUU